AUGCAAAUUAAGGCAAAUAUUUCACGUAUGAAAUAUCGUUCUGUUUGCUCCGAAUUAAAAGAGAAAUCAGUACUUUACGCUUGCUCCUUGAAAAAUUUGGAAGAUGGCAUAAGGCAACAAGAAAACGAAAUCAAACGUUUACAGGGUGUGAAGGAAGAAGCUAUAGAAUUAAAAGAUAGUACUCAAGAAACUCUGGUGAAAGAGGAAAUUGAAGAGACAAGUUCCAGCAAAAAACGCGACUCUGUCAUCAAAGAGUACAGGCAACGCGUGGCAGAACGAAAGAUGGAAUUGGAACGAUUGGAACGUAUGAUAUUCCAUACUCGUCCGCGGGACGAUUUUGAAACACGUGGGAAAAGUCGCGUACAGGUACAAGAGGACAUGAUCAAGGACGAGCUGGCACGACUGGAGGAGGCGUUCGCCAGGCUACAGAACGCUACCGGAGUGUCCAGGUCCGAGGAAGUUCUGAACCGGUUUCUGGGUCAGAAGGCGACCAAAGAGAGUCUGCAGAAAAUGCGAACGGCCACAGAACAAGAGAAGAUGGUGUUGGAAAAGAAGAGGCAGGAGCUUAACGCCGAGAUAGAGAUGAGAAAAUUUUCGGAAACAAAGAGCGCCGAACAAAACGCGGAAGUAGUCGCAAAACUCAAUUUGCAAAUCGAUGAACAGCGAGCUCGUAGGGAGAGAGCCGAGAAUGCAAGUCGACGAAUCCACGAGCUCUUAAACGAAGUAACUGGUAUAUUGUAUAAACUGUGUGAGAAGUUCCAGGUGAGAGUUAUUAAUUAUAAGUCCGUGAACGACAGAGUCUAUAAAUGGAGUCUGGCAGCAGUGAUCAAGCCCAAGACAGAUCCCAUACUUAUUCAUGUUACAGAUACUCCUUUGUUUAAGAACAUUAAAACGGACGACACUUUAGCAAUUAUCGAAUUAUUAAGCAAUAAAGUCAAACAUGGCAUGGAUGUUUUAAGCGCAUCCGACAAAUAUCUUGAAACGAUGGAUGAAGCCUUGCUAGACAAGUUAGAAACAUUAUCGAUCGCUACAACCUCGAUAGAAGGCAGAACAAUGCAUGUUAAUAGUGGUGGACCAUUGUUUCCAAGGUUUCCAUCUUGUGCGACUCCGGCUGCUCCUCUGUCGGAGGAUGAGGAUGAAGUCCCGUCUCGAAACGCAUUGAAAAAGCAAGCCCAAUUGCUCGUCGAUACCAAAAGUCGUCGUAAAGGAUUCGCCUUCAGAAGAUGA